UCACGGACUGAGACACUGGUGACUCACCGAGUAAUCACAGACAAUGAUACUAGCGCAGAGGUAGGUGGAGACGCCCAGUGUGGACGCAAGCCGGAGUACAUUCCUCGUAUCCGCUGGCCAGACCUCGCUGCUCAGCUGUUUGUACAUGGCGGAGCUCUCUACGGCCUCUACCUCAUGAUCACCAGGGCCCAGUGGUACACUGUCCCUUGGGCAUUCGCAAUGGUCUACACGUCAGGGUUUGGUAUCACAGCUGGGGCGCACAGGCUGUGGUCUCACAGAGCCUACAAGGCUAAGUGGCCUCUGCGGCUUCUACUCUGCUUCUUGUUCACCAUUGCUGGCCAGAGGCACGUGUACGCAUGGGCCCUAGACCACAGAGUGCAUCACAAGUUCAGUGAGACAGACUCAGACCCACACGACGCCAGGAGAGGGUUCUGGUUCUCUCAUGUAGGCUGGCUUGUACUCACACCUCACCCUGAUGUGGAGGUGAGGCGCAAGGCUGUGGACAUGAGUGACCUGGACAACGACCCCAUCGUACUGUGGCAGAAGAGGCUCUACAUUCCUCUCUUCGCUAUUUUCUGCAUCGGGCUCCCAGUGCUGAUCCCAUGUUAUUACUGGAAUGAAGAUUUGUGGAUUUCAUUCUUCAUAAACUUCAACUUCCGUUUCUCGCUAACCCUCAACAUGGCCUUCGCUGUAAACAGUUUCGCUCACAUGUGGGGUUCUCGACCUUACGACAAGAGCAUCAGUCCCGUAGAGAACGUACUGGUGUCUCUGGGAGCUUUGGGCGAAGGUUGGCACAACUACCAUCACGUGUUCCCCUGGGACUACAAGACCUCAGAGCUGGGCAAGUACUGCUUCAACUGGACGACAGCGUUCAUAGAUGCGUUCGCGCGGUUGGGCUGGGCCUACGACUGCAAGACUGUGAGUGAGUCGAUGGUGAGGCGCCGGGCGGCCCGUAGCGGAGACGGCAGUCGUCUGUGGGGCUACGGCGACACUGAGAUGGAUGAAGCUGACCGCAGGGAACUGGACGCCUCCAGGUAGAGUGGCGACCGCAGUAACUCAGAUGUUUCUUGUAUAACAACUGUUCGACUCUAUUGUCUGUCAUUGACACUUCACCUUGCCAUGGAUUAAGAUUAUAAUCACACAUUGUAUCCAAUAGAGCGAUAAGUUCAGUCUACCAGUUACAGAAGUCAUUGCUAAGUGACUAAUUAUACUCGAGGGUGCGUCUGAGAAGUCACAGAUUUUAGCGAUUUUAUUUUAAAAGGCUAAAUCACAGAUUUUACAAGGGCUGAAUGUGAUUUUUCAUUCAUGGAAAUUGGAAGCUACAAUUGAAACAUGGGAUUGUUUUAAAAUUAUCUUAUUUAUUUUGAUAGAAACUGUCCUACAUGUAUACUCUCUCAAGAUUUACUGAAUGGUCAAAUCAUGAGUUUAACAUUUGAUGUUUUUUUUCUCGUUAUAGCAGAUAAACAAUGACAACAGAUAGUUCUGAAUUGAAAUACUGAAAUACGCCCCUGAAAAGUCAUUAUCUUGUAAUUAAGGGAACUGGUAGACACCCGGCUUAUGAUUUCCUUAGGUUUAAUUUAUGAAAAUGUAGAGAAGUAAAUAACCUCACUUUAAUUCAGGGAAGAAAGCAUUCCUCUUUUAUUUAUUUCUAUAAUAAAAUACCAGUUAAAUAUUUACCUCAGUUUUUUUUAACACAUUCUAUAGGCUAGGUUUCUCCAGUGUGAGGGACAAUUGUUAGGCAUUAGCAUAAGGCAUUCUGUUCCAAUUUGUUGUGUUUAUAACAAUAUUAUCUCGUGCAACUGAUUAAUAUUUAUGUUUAUAACUAUUGUCUACCAAUUAAAGAAAAAUUUAAUUUAUGACGCAUUUAAAUAAAAUAACAAAUUAAUUAAAAUACCUUAUGUUAACAAACCAAUAAGUACUAAUACACCAAAUAAAUAUAUUGAAUCAAUUUUAAAUUAAUCUGAUGAAUUUUUCAAGCAUUUAAACUAAUGUUAAAUCCCUCUAUAACUUGUUAUAACCUUGUUUGUUUUAUAGUUAUUGUUAACUUUAUGUGAUUGAUGUUACUUAAUCAGUAAUUUUACUACUAUUUAAUCAUUGUUUACGUUUAUCCACAUUUUAUCCAACAGCCGUACUAUACAGGAUAACGCUGUGCAUUUAAACAUAGCCUAUAAUAUUACCAUUAAAUGCCUAUAUGUGCUUGAUGAAUUGUUGAAAAGUACUGUUAAAGCUUUCAAUAUGGAAUUGAUGCUAAUACAGUUUUUCAUUUAAAUUUAAAUGCUGGCCUUACCUAUGAAAAACCGAUGUUUGUAAAUAUUUUAACAAGUAUACACACUGUUUGAUAAACUUUAGAGUUUUAUAAGAAUUGUUUUGAGACUAUAUUUUGUAAGUGUUGAGCUACCUGGUAGUCUGUUAUGUUAGUCUAGUCCCUUCCCGGAGAAGGUCCCGUCUCUAAAGUAACUGCCAACUCUUGACUUGUGUAACACUUUAUAUAGCUUUGUUCUGUUGUCGUCGUCUAUAUAUUUCAUGUACAAAUUUAUUUAUUACAUUUCAUCUGUCUCAUUGCAGGGAAACUGGAGCCUUAAAACUUUCAAAUUUUCAGUGCCUUAAACCGUGAAAAACUAUCUAAUGACUGAAAAUGUUUGUCAGUUAAGUUUUAUUAACUUCAUCACUGUGUAGCCUAUUUUGAAUCAGUACACUACUGUAGACAGUUUUUUUCAAUAGUAUAUUUCGUACCUAGGGCCAAAAAUGAGGUUUUGCCAGCUCGAGAUCAUCGGGAGCUGCAAAUCCCUUUUAAGUAAAUAGGCGAACAGCUGAUUUUCAGCCCUAGUGCCGCCAAAACCUGCUCGGUCACCAAAUGACAAUAACGUGGAAUGGACAGCAAUACGUAGCUUUCAGCCUCCAAUUAACAUUUGUACAACGGCUAAAAACAUCAUAGUGUGGUGAAGAUAUUGUUUACGUUUCCUUGAGGUUGUGUUUUUUACCAUCUUGCAUCAGAAUUGUUGUAGCCUGAAGGUUAUUGAGCGGCUGGGUAACUAAGUGGUUAUAGUGCUUGUUUAACAAUCAAUGAGAAGGUUGUCUGUUUUAUUCUGAAAACAUCAAGUUAGAUUUUUGAUGGUUCCA